AUGGCUAGGAAUACUUGCAGUUGUGAACAAUUUGAUAAAGACAAAUACCCUUGUGUGCAUGGAGUGGUUGCUGCCACAUUCAUGUCUAAGGCAGCGGGAAGGGAACUCCAUCUAUCAGAGUAUUGUUCAAAAUACUAUUUGGUGGAGCAAUGGGCUUUGUCUUAUCACAGGACCAUAUAUCCUGUUCCUCAUAUGUCUGAUUGGGUUAUACCAGAAGAUGUUAAAGCAAAGAAAAUACUUCCUCCAGAUUUUGACAAGAAGAAAGGAAAACCACAACAAACAAGAUUUCCAUCAGUAGGAGAAUCCCGUGAAAGAGGAAAAAGAGGCAGAGGAGGAGCUAGAGGAGCCAGAGGAAGAGGCAGAGGAGAAGGUAUGGCAUCGUAUUUUGAAUGUGGGAGUGGUUCAGGUACAACCUAG